GGGGGGGGGCUUCCGGUCCAUAAUAAUGAUCCAAAUAAAGUUUAUGGAGCUGACUUGGUACCUAGACUUCGACCAUUCCGUUCCCGUGACCAACCCAAAAAAAGGUGGGAGGCGAAGCAAAAAAUGGCCAUGUGUUACUAGAGCAGACGGACAGAAACAGAGGAAUGACAUGUUGUCGUAUGGUGUGAGAAACUUUCAUCUGUGAAGUGUCGCAAAUGGAAUCCAACUUGAUUCGAGGGGAAUGAUUAUAACAUGAACCGCAUGUAAUAAGACAGGAGCUUGGGAUUCUCAGUUGUCAUUGUGGAUGUGACUAACGAACCAGGCGUGGGUGCUGGUCUAAAUGCGAAGAGUUAUCGGAAGUUGAAGCCCAAAGUAUUGAGAAUGCUUGUAUCAAUUGGUGUUGUUGAUCUCAAUAUGGAAAGCUUGAGAAGGACUAGCUCGCUCUGGUCUCUCUAACCCAAUCCAGACACCGCCAUUUUCUGCCACGAUCUCUCGGUUUUUUUCUGUCAGUCGAAGUCACUCACCACGUCAAUCCUACCAUCUCGUCACCGCGCAUGCAAGCCCUUUGGAAGACAACUUGGAGAAUCGGGCGGAGGAAUGCCAUGCCAAGCUUCCCAAAGAUAACCAUCAACCAGGUCCGCCAACUUUCAGCAACUGCAAGAAUGGCGUCUGCACUUCCGGACCUCUCUGCCCCACCCGAAGCUGGGCAGCACCUCAUCCAUGAAGGAAAAGAAUAUACGACCGUCAAAGAAGGAUUAGCACAUAUCCUCGUACCAGCUUCAGCUCCCGCCGUACCGCAAGCAACGCCCAAAGGCGAAAAUGCCCCUCAAUCGGUUUUCUACAACCCGAUCCAGCAGUUCAAUCGAGAUUUGAGUGUUCUAGCUAUCAAGGCGUAUGGAGAGCAGCUCCUGGAGAAGAAGCAGAAAUCGGUAGAGAGACACAAGUUGAAGAUUUCGGCAAAGAACAAAGAGAAGAAAAGAAAGAGGGAGGAGGAGGGGCUAAGUGAUGCUCCGAGGAAGGCGGGGAAGUUGGAGGGGGAUGCAGCACCUGCCGACGGCACAUCAGCAGAGAAUGGCGACAAUACCAUGGAGAAGGCAAUAAAUGGAGACAGUGUUAUGAAAGAUGCAGAUGCUCCCCCUGUUGAGACAGAAAUCAAUGCUUCUGUAGAUGCUCCUCCAGCUGUACCAGAUUCCACCUCUACUAAACCAACCUCGAAGAAUGACGAUAUACCCGAAGCACCUAGCAAAUUCACAUUUAAAAUACUCGACGCUCUCUCAGCAACCGGUCUGCGAGCUCUUCGCUAUGCCCAAGAAAUACCCUUCACGACAUCCAUCACCGCGAAUGAUCUACUUCCAGAAGCAACCAAAACUAUCAAAAUGAACAUCGAGCAUAACGGGCUCAAGCACAAAAUCGACGCAGUGACCAGCAAUGCUAUGACACACAUGUAUAGCUUGGUUGGGGAGGAUUGCAAGGAUGAGAAAGGACGGCCGCAGCCAAGUAAGAAAUACAAUGUCAUUGAUCUGGAUCCAUACGGAACCGCUGCUCCAUUCCUGGAUGCGGCAGUACAAGCUGUGCGAGAUGAUGGUGGACUGCUCUGUGUGACUUGCACAGAUGCGGGAGUUUGGGCAUCAAACGGUUAUCCCGAGAAAGCAUACUCUCUCUAUGGCGGAACAACAAUCAAAGGUCCACAAUCACAUGAAGGUGGUUUGCGCCUCAUCCUCAACGCCAUCGCAACAUCCGCAGCACGAUAUGGCAUGGCCAUGGAACCGCUCCUCUCCCUUUCAAUUGAUUUCUACGCCCGUGUUUUUGUCCGAAUCCACAAGUCGCCUGCCGACGUGAAAUUCCUUGCCGGCAAAACAAUGAUAGUAUACAACUGCGACUCUGGCUGCGGAGCAUGGACAAUCCAAACAGUCGGGAAGAACAAACUAAUGCCCGGCAAGCCAGGCAAGAAAGGCGGCCAUUACUGGAAACACGUCUACGGGCAAGGACCUAGCGCCAGCGAGAACUGUAAACACUGUGGCUCGCGAACACACAUUGCAGGACCUAUGUACGCAGGACCGAUCCACGACCCCGACUUCAUCAAGCGGAUCCUCGACGACCUCCCAUCUGUCUCAAAAGACACCUACCAAACCACAACCAGAAUCGAAGGCAUGCUAACCCUCGCCCUCGAAGAAUGCAUUUUCGUCGACCCCAUCUCUGCAGACCCCAAUUCUCCAACCCUCUCUUCCAAAACAGGAAAAUACGACCCAGCGGUCCUAGACCCUGCCCCUUUCCUGUUCAUCCCGUCUGUCCUCUCUAAAGUCAUCCACUGCGUCACGCCGAUCGAGAACGCCAUCCGUGGCGCGCUUAGAGGGCUAGGAUACCAGGUUACGAGGAGCCAUACGAAGCCUGGUAGUAUCAAGACAGAUGCGCCGUGGGAGGUCAUCUGGGAGGUUAUGAGGGAGUGGACGAGACAGAAGGAACCGAUUAGAGAGGGCAAGUUGAGGGAGAAGACGCCUGGAUGGGCGAUUAUGGGGAUGGGUAAGGAGAAGGAGAAAGAGCCAGUGAAAAAUGGAGAUGGAAAUGGGGAGGCCGCUGAGGGGAAUAAGGAUGGGGCCAAGGAUGAAAUUGUGGAAGAGAAGAUCAAGGUUGUUUUUGAUGAGAAACUGGGUGCUGAGAAGGACAAGAAGAAACUGGUUAGGUAUCAGCUCAACCCGAGAGAGAACUGGGGCCCGAUGGCGAGGGCAAAGGGACCUGCUUGAGAACAGAAUGAUA